AUGAAUUCCGAGGAGCCCUUCACGUCUGUGAAUUGGGAUCGAAAUGAGACCCAACACGCCAAUCCUCAAAAUACAGAGACGCCGAUAUUAGAGGAGCCACCCGCCGACUUUGCUGCCCCUCCUCAAGAAAGCAAUGCGUCUGAUGAGCCGCUUUCAUACCCCACGGAGAUGCCGCUAGAUUCGCCCACGGCCCAUGAACCCGACACCGAGACGAGCGAAAACAGAGCCCAACCGAGCGAGAAUAGGUCCACAGCAAGCGAAAACAGAGCCGAAACGAGCGGGUUCGAGUCGCUGCUCAUGCCACACACGUCGGGCAGUGACCAAGACCAGCAGCACUCAUAUGUGCCGUCGCCUGCUGCCGCCCAAAACAUGGCCACGCCCGAAAUCAGCGGCCAACAGCAGAUGGAGGACGCGUUUGCAAGGUACCACAUAAGCCUGCGCGUGUCCGAUCCAAUCAGUGACCGCGACGGGAACUCCAAGUCGUACAUCUCAUAUCUUGUGACCAGCGAGACCAACCACCCGGACAUAUUGCGGUUGCUGGCGGCGACAAACCCGCCCUCCAGAUCACCGCUGCCCAUGCCCGAACAGAGCCUUGUGAAGGUGCGCCGGCGGUACGGCGACUUCCGCUUUUUGCACGACUGCUUGGUGAGCGACUUCCCGCAGUUGCUCGUGCCGCCGCUCCCGGCGAAGCUGAACUUCAAAUAUCUCAUGGGCGACACCUUCAGCACCCCGUUUGUCCACAAGCGCCUACACUCCUUGGACCGGUUCAUCACGUUCAUCUGCCAACACAAGCUUCUCUCGCAGCUGUCUGUCUUCCACUACUUUGUGAGUGACUCGACCGAGUGGGCAACGUUCACGAAGAACCUCAAGAUCUUGAAGGGCGAGGACGGCGACAGCCUGCUUGUGGGAAAGGUCGUGAAUGAGGAUCUCCUCGCCGAGACCAUCAUGAAUUACUUCACCGCGUCCAAGCACAAGAAGGAGACGAACAAGGAUAUCAUCGAGAUCAGCGAGAAGCUCAAGAAGUUGUACGAAAACCUUGUCAAGUUGGAGCGCAUCUUCGCCAAGCUCAACAAGAAGAACUCCGACAUGAAGCACGACUACGAGCUGUUUCUGACCCAGAUCAACAAGAUGGCAGCCUUGCACGAAUUGCCAAACCGUCCCGAGACAGCGCCCCUGGAGCCCAAUGCAUCGUUCGCCUCGAGUAUCGGGACCUCGCAGCCGGGCGUUCCAAGCAACUUCAAGAUCUUCGCCGAUUCGCUUCUCUACUUCCUGGACAACUGGGCGCUGCUAGGUGCUUACAUCGACGAGUCAUUCUUGGUAUCGUUGAAGGACUGCGCCAAGUACAUCGCACGCUUGCUGGGCUUGAUCGAACUCCACCACAACAAGAAAAUCGACCUCCAGGUUUUGGAGGAAUACUUGGCCAAGGCGCGGGCUGAUAUGGCCAGCUUUGGCGGCUCGCCGGGCCACGCCGACCCGGGCCAUCGGGCUCCGCCCAAUCCUCUGCUUAUUGGGCCGAGCAGUGGUGGGAUCGUGAGCAACACCACGCAGUUGAUCAAAGACACGUUGUCCACGUCAGCCACGCCCCACAUUGGGUCGUCCCAGAUUGAAUCCAAGAAACACAAGCUACAGCAGAAAAUUCAGCAUCUAGAGACGGAGGUCGCCGCGCAGACACAAUUGGUGGACAGCUUGACCAACCGCAUCAUCCACGAGGAGUAUCCGAACUGGGACCGGUUCAACAAGAUGCAGAUGAAGAAGUCCAUGGCAGAUCUCUGUGACCAGGAGAUCUCGUUCUACAAGGGCUUGGCGGACAACUGGACGGACGUCGAGGCCAAGCUUGUGCAAAGACUUGACGAGCUCAAGUAG